AGAGCACACACGAUACUCGACCCAAAUCUCCAGUAUGACAAAUUCAAAUCAAUUAGCUGUACGCCAAUCUAUUGAUCAGGAGAUCAAAAAUUUGAGCAUCGAUUCACAGCCUCGAAAGGAUGAUGCACCGACCUUCAACCUUAGAACAACACUGCUUUUGGCCUCAGUGUUCUUGUGCGUAUUCCUCGUCGGCCUGGACAGGACUAUCGUAUCAACAGCGAUUCCCAGCAUCAGUAAUGAUUUCAACGCCUUGUCCGACGUAGGUUGGUAUGGCAGUGCCUACAAUAUGACCAACUGCUGUUUUCAGCUCCUUUUUGGCAAACUGUAUGCCUUCUUCCCUACCAAAGUUGUGCUCAUCGCGAGCGUUAUCCUAUUUGAAACGGCUUCUGCCAUUUGCGGUGCGGCGCCAAACUCGAUCACUUUCAUCGUCGGCCGCGCGAUUGCAGGUAUUGUGUGUAUAGUCUAUACUGUCCCAUUAGCCAAGCGACCCGCGCUGCAAGGCAUGAUGAGUGCUAUUAUGGGUGUUGCCACCGUCGCUGGUCCAUUGAUCGGUGGCGCUUUCACAUCGCAUGUCACUUGGAGAUGGUGUUUUUACAUAAACCUCCCUGUUGGAGGUCUAUCCAUCGCCGCAAUUCUCCUCUUCCUUAAAGUACCCGACAACGAGCAAACCAAGCUCCCAACCACGCAAAAGCUGGCUCAAGUCGAUUUUCCCGGUUCCAUGUUUCUUCUCCCGGGUAUUGUGUGCCUGCUUCUGGCGCUCCAGUGGGGUGGGCAGACCUAUACUUGGAACAGUAGCCGCAUCAUUGUCCUCCUCAUCCUUCAAGGCGUACUUCUACUUGGUUUCGUCACUGUACAGAUCUAUCUCCCAAAGACAGCGACGACGCCACUGCGACUGUUCAAGUACCGCAGUCUGGUCUCCGGCUUAUGGGCUGCGAUCUGCAUCGGCGCAUCGCAAUACAUCUUCAUCUACUAUCUCCCCCUUUGGUUUCAGUCCAUCAAGCACGUCUCCGCCAUCUCCUCAGGCACCCACAUCCUCCCCCUCAUGCUCUCCACGAUCAUCGGUGCAAUGUCCGGUGGUAUCAUCAAUCAGAAGAUCGGCUACUACACACCUCUGGCGAUACUAGGAGCCUGCAUGAUGUCAAUCGGCGCAGGCUUGCUUACCACACUCCAAAUCGACUCGGGCGCGGGGAAGUGGAUUGGGUAUCAGGCGUUGUUUGGGCUCGGUACCGGGUACUGUUUCCAAACGCCGAUGCUGGCCGCGCAGACAGUAUUACCGAAGACAGACGUACCUAUGGGCCUGGCCUUGAUCUUGUUUGGCCAGCUGCUUGGAGCCUCUUUAUUCGUGUCGGUGGGCGAGAAUGUGCUUGCUAACCAGCUGUUGAAGAAGUUAUCUGGGAUCCCAGGGUUCGACCGCGCGCUUAUUACCUCUGGUGGCGCAACAAAUUUCCUAGAUGCAUUGCCCGCAGAAUAUCAAGCACAAGCGCUGACAAGCUACAACGAGGCGCUGAGGACGGUGUUUCAGGUCGGCUUGAUUCUCGCGUGUUUUGUCAUGCUCGGUGUUGGUUCGUUGGAGUGGAAUAGUGUCAAGAAGGCACAACCGGAUGCUCAGGAGGAGUAA